AUGGCAAUGGAGAAAGAACUUGACAUCAACAAUGGGGGCGAUAUGGACAGGGAAGGUUCUGAUUCAACCCCUCCUAAGCCAUCAACUCCCACUCCACUUUCUCCCAAAGAAUAUCGAAAAUUUAUCUGGAAGAUUGAUCUUCAUGUUUUGCCAGCCUUGUUUGCUCUUUGGCUAGUGGCGCUCCUAGAUCGUGGUAAUAUUGGAAGUGCCAACAUCUUCGGAAUUCAAAAGGAUCUUCACAUGCAAGGGAAUGACUUCAACAUAGCUCUUCUCAUCGUCGUCAUAGUUUUUAUUGCUGUUGAGAUUCCAUGUAAUGCACUACUCAAGAUGAGUUCUCCACAGAUCGUUCUUGCUGGCGAGAUUUUCCUUCUAGGCAUCACGGGUAUUGGCGAAGGACUCGUCACAAAUGUUGCAGGAUUCAAUGCCAUGCGUUUCUUCGUGGGUCUAUUUGAAGCAGGACUUAUACCAGCAAGUGUCUACAUUUUGGGUCAAUAUUACCCCCGUUAUGAAAUUCAAUGGAGAUUAGGCAUGUUAAUGGUUGGUAAUGCUCUUGGUACCGCAGUUGCUGGAUUACUUGCCUUCGCUCUUGCUGGCAUCAAAAGUGACAAUGGCUUUCACGGAUGGAGAUGGAUUUUCAUCGUCGAAGGAUGUAUCACUGCUGCAGUGGCAGUUCUAGUUUAUCCUUUUAUUCCGAACUGGCCGCACCAGGCAAACUGGUUGUCAGAAGAUGAAAAGGCUUUACUCGCCGAUAUCAUCAGGAAAGAAGGGAUUAUUGCACCGACAGAUGAAAAGCUCGACCGCCACAGGCUUAUCAGUAUUCUCAAAGACUGGAAGAUAUAUGUCAGUGGUCUCAUUCUCGGAUGUACAACAAUUACUCUCUACAGCGUUGCUAUCUUUACACCCACAAUCAUAUCUGGCAUGGCCCUCCAUCAGGACCCCCGUCAUGUGCAAGUUCUGUGCAUUCCCGUUUUUGUGGCAGCAGCAGCAUCUGCCCUAAUUUCCUCGUUCUUAUCGGAUUAUUUCAAACAUCGAACUGCAUUCGCCCUUCUUGGAUAUGGAAUGGUUAUAUCGGGUAGUAUUAUCCUGCUCAACCAGGAACAUAUCAGCGCACAUACCAGGUAUGGAGCCGUCUAUCUCCUGGCUUGUGGAAUGUACGUUGCUCUCCCAGUGUUGUGGACGAUAUUAACAAAUAAUAUUGCUGGGUCGCAUAAGAUGGGGAUUGCGAUAGCAAUUCAAGUCAGUAUUGGGAAUCUGGGUGGUAUAGCUUCAACACUUUGUUUUGCAAGUACAGAGGCACCCCUUUUUGUAUUGGGAUACACAACCACUAUAGCUAUGACGUCUUGUGCUGCAGGGCUCAUUUCGAUCUACACGUUUUUCCUGUGGAUAGAAAAUAGGUCGAGAGCAGCUGGAAAAAGAGAUUAUCGACUAGAGGGAAGAGAAGUCGACAAACUUGGUGAUAGCCACCCUGCAUUUAGGUAUACCUAUUAG